CUUGCUUUUGAGAAUACCAUGAUUGGUUGAUCGAGGCUGAUACUCUAUAGCGAACCGUUUGCUCUCGAUCCAUCACAUUACUGGACAUUUCUUAUAUUUUGUUUUCUCAAACAGCGAAUAACUCGCUAUCUAGAGCUCGACCUGGUGUCGUCCAGCUACUUGUUGAACUAGCGAGGAAGGCUACCAUGGAAGUGUUCUUAAGUCCGGUACCAUUUAGCCUAACAUGAAAAGUCAACAAAACUCUCAAGUCAAAAAAAGAAAAGUCCAUCGGGAUGUUUAUCUCUCGUAGCCGAGAAACCUUCAUCCUCUGUCACAAGCGAAACUUUCUCAUUCUUUAGUGCUGACGUCAUCACCAAACCACUUCCAGCUUCCACCAAAACAAAUUUCCUGUUCUGGCGGCGGCUCACCUGCAGUCAGGCCACAGCCUCGUCCCACCACAGUACGGAAGGUACCGCACCUCAUGGAGGACUUCGUUCAAUUUCUGUCUCCUUCUCUCCUUCUCGCCUCCUCCCGAUUUCAACCUCACCAUCUCCAAAUCCCACAACAGAAUGGAGACUCUCUUCCCCCACCUCACCUCCACCGGCCCUGCUCCCUCCCACCGCGUCGUAUCCUCCACCUACCUCGCCUCCUUUAACGCCCUCGUCCAAGAAGGCAAGCUCCGGCCCCUCGUCCUCCCCUAUCACCUCUACGGCUGUCUUAUCCUCCUCCUCUGCCUGUGUAUACCGCACACGCAGAGCCCGGUGAUAUAUGCUGCGCGAUGGCCUGUCCUGGCGGUGAUUCUGGCGUUUCAAUGGAAGACGCUGUGGGAGGCGACGAGUAUGAGUAUGGCGACGGGAUUUGCGGCGGGACUGAUUGCGGCUUGGAGCGCGGUGUGGAGUAUUACGUGGUUGGUCUUGUAUAGGCCGCAGUUUGAUGCGAGGAGGGUUGAAAGGAGGGUUAAGUCUGGACCUGGAGGUGGACUGGGGAGGAAAGGCGAAAGCAAUGGGAAUGCGAGGCGGGGAAAUGGGAUGGCGACGGGACAUACAAAUGGAUCUGCGGAACUGAAAUACAGAGGGAAGGAGGUCACAAAGAUUAAUGGGAAAUUAGAAAAAGAUACUGCUGAAUGGGAGUACUACUGGCAGCCAUACCCAUCCACCUUCAUCGACCGGUUUAACUGGACCUCCGAUCUCCUCAUCAACUUCCGCGGUCCCGGCUGGUCCUGGGCCAUUCCCCCUCUCCCUCCCUUCCCACCAUUCAUCCAAACCCAACUAGGCGAACAGGUCACCGCUCAGUCAAUAUCAGGGACAUCCUCCAUCGGCCUCCAACGAUACGAUACCCGGCGCGAACUCGCACGUGCGCAACUCCCGCGCUUCAUAGCAGGCUACCUCCUCCUCGAUAUCCUCAAAAUACUCAUGAUGAAAGACCCCUACUACAUCUUCGGACCCAACAGCUACGCGCUGCCCUCACACCUCUCCUACUUUCAAGACUCCCCCACAACACUCCGCUUCAUCCGACAAGCCCUUAGCUCACUAUCCAUCAUCGUCUCCCUAGAAAUGGUCUUCCUCCUCGUCCCCCUCCUCCUCUGCCUCCUCUCCGGCCCAUCAAUCUUCGGCCUCCGCGCCGAACCCUGGUACUACCCCACCACAUGGGGCUCCUGGUCGAACAUCACCUCCAAGGGACUGAACGGCCUCUGGGGAGGCUGGUGGCAUCAAACCUUCCGGUUCAUCUUCUCCGCGCCGUCAAACUUCCUCAUUGCGAACGGCUACAUAAAAGCCGGCUCUCCCACAGCCAAAGUCCUAGCUUUUGUCUUCGCAUUUGGCAUUUCGGGAAUCCUACAUGCUGGUGGGAGCGUGAGCCAGUUCCCCUCCACGUAUCCCACUCACGCGCCUAUCUUCUUCAUGCUACAAGCCCUGGGUAUAGUGGUACAGGUGAGCUUCUGCUCUGUAUUCCACGAUAUUAUUAAAACGUUUCCGGGGUGGCUGAGAAAAGGUGGGAAUUUGGCAUUUGUGGUUGUGUGGUUGUUUGGGACGGGAGGCUGGCUUACGGAUGAUUUUGCAAGGGGAGGCAUUUGGUUGUAUGAGCCGAUUCCGGUUAGUUUUCUGAGGGGACUGGGGUUUGGUGAUGAGGGGGAUGGGUGGUGGUGUUGGGAGCAUGUUGGGGUGGGGUGGUAUAGGGGGAGGAGGUGGUGGGAGAGUGGGAUUGCGAUUUAGAGAGAGUACUCAGAGGUUUUGGUUGUGUGGUGCGGUGCAUUUGGGGAGCGUUGCGGUUUGAUGAUUUAGGAUUUUACGAGGAUAUGAGGAUAUGAGGAUAGAAGGAAGGACACAGCAUGGCAUAGAUCAUAGAUCUGAAUCUGGGUCUGAACUAGCGUGGCGUUCAUUAGACGGCAGACCAUACAUGAGCAAUACAUCUUUGUAUUGAGGACCACUCCUCCUGAAUAUCAAAUCUCUAUUCACUUGAGCUGAAUAGCUGUAUGGCUUUAGCCAGGAAUAGUCGCAGGCAGGCAAUAUACAUACAUGCAUUUUCAAGGUAAGAGUACAUUCAAUGGUUCCAAAAGCUUGCAAAACAAACCCAUGAUACUUCUCUUCUAAUAAUAGAGUUAAUCAAAUUGAAGAUUAUAGUUUACUACCUAAAGUACGGCUCAUAUUCCCCUUCUUCAUUUCACUCUACUUGGAC